AUGGCCCAGUCGCCCAUCCGCAUUGACACUAAUUUUCAUGGGACAAAACGGGGGUUACCGCAUGAUGGGAGUGAUGGCAUGGAUUAUUUGACCGUGCCCGACCAGCAUCAGGUACAAGACAGGUCCGCGAUUCUGGAACAACUACCAUCAUUUUUAAACCUCUCGUUCGCAGAAACACGGAAAAAAUUCGAAGAUCUCGAAUGGCUUCAGCGAUCGCGCAUAGCAGAGGGUCAGAUGUCGAAAGAUCCUGCCCAUCGCUGGGCGCUAGAUUCAGAUCCAGAAGUCAAAGCACGUAACCGAUAUUUCAACGUUCAAGCUUGGGCAAAUUCCCGCAUUCGUCUGAGGGUGCCACAAGGCGAAUGCGACUUCAUCAAUGCAUCACCUAUCGUCUUGAAGGAUUCUCAAACCGGGAUGGAGACAAGAUAUAUUGCUACUCAGGGCCCGAAGGAUGGAAUUCAUUUGUCGCAUUUCUGGAAUAUGGUGUUUCACGAAAGUCUUGAAGUCUCGGUAAUCGUCAUGUUGACACAGACAAUUGAGGCUGGGAAGGAAAAGUGUGCGCAGUAUUUCCCUCUGGAUCUAGAUGAUCCUGUGAUGGAAUUAUUUUCGGAAGCCGACGAUCCGAGCACUAGCGACGAUGACUCGCAAGAUGAAGACAACCUUCAGGUUUAUGGAACAAUUACACUACUCGAAUCUCAAUUUGAUGCUUCGUGCCGAUCUGAAGUUCGAAAGCUGGAGCUGAAAAUCGGCGCUGAAAGCAAGAUUGUCUGGCACUUUUUGUUCGCUGGAUGGGCGGAUUAUUCGAAGCCAGAAGGGGAAGAUCGUGAAGCACUCCUUCACCUUCUUCAUGAGACAGCCGCAAAAUCCUCCCCUGAAAAUCCUCGCGUUGUUCAUUGCAGCGCAGGCGUUGGUCGGACAGGUACUUUCAUUGCUCUUGACCACCUUCUACGCGAACUCGACUCCGGCGAGCUAUUGAGCUUCGUCGACUCUACGGAAGACCCCGUUUUUGACAUAGUCAACCAGCUACGUGAGCAACGGAUGAUGAUGGUCUAUAAUGAGAUGCAACUACACUUCAUCUAUGAGGUUCUUCGUGAACAAAGCAUUAUCAAACUCGGCGGUUCUCUUGAUGAAGAUUUUCCUUCUGAGCUCCGAUCCCCCAAAGUCGCACGACUGUCUGGUGAAGAAAACUUCACAGCUUCCUCUAAGCCCGAACUGGAGCCUAUGUCUGAUCAUAGAACACCAUCAGCUACGAGUCCCAUUGACAACCCAAGUGUUUCAGACAAUGAGUAA